AUGAUAAGUUUAUUACCGAGCAUUCUUUCUAUCCUAGUGAUAGCAGACUUUGUUGUAGGAAAUUUUGCCAAUGUCUUCAUAGCCCUGGUGAGCUGCAUUGACUGGGUCAAGGGUCAGAAGAUCUAUUGUGCUGAUGGAAUUCUCACUGCCCUGGCAGUCUCCAGGAUUGCUUUGCUCUGGGUAAUAUUAUUAAAUUGGUAUGCAACUAUGUAUAAUUCAGCUUUCUAUUGUUCAAUAGUAAGUACUUUUGCUUAUAUUACCUGGAUAGUGAGCAACCAGUUUAGCCUCUGGCUUUCUGCUAAUCUCAGCAUACUUUAUUUGCUCAAGAUAGCCAAUUUCUCCAGUCUUUUCUUUCUUCACCUAAAAUGGAAAGCUAAAAGAGUGGUUCUCAUGAUAUUGUUGGGCACUUUGGUCUUCUUGGUUUGUCAUCUUGCUGUAAUGAGCAUAGAUGAAAAAAUGCAGAUGCGUGCAUGUGAAGGAAACCUCACUUUGGUGAUCAUCAUGGAGGACAUUGUGUGCCUUUCAAAUAUGACUGUGUUCACCAUUGUACAUGUCGUACCAUUUACCAUGUCCUUGAUGGCUUUACUGCUGUUAUUCUUUUCCUUGUGGAAACAUCUCAAGAAGAUGCAGCUCAGUGGCAAAGGAUCCCAAGUUGCCAGCACCAAGGUCCACGUAAGACCUAUGCAAACUCAUGGCUCUGUCAUCUCCUUUCUCUUGCUAUUUUUUAUUUACUUCCUUGCUCAAAUCAUCGCAAAGUGGAAUGCUUGGCAGAACAACUUAGUUGGCAUGUUUUUUCAGGUCCUUGGUCUCCUGUAUUCUGCAAGCCACUCAUUCAUCCUGAUUUGGGGUAACAGGAAGCUAAGACAGGCCAUUCUGUCAUUUCUGUGGUAG